UGUAUCUAUAUAUAUGUGUAUGUAUGGACAAGGGAGUCCUGGUGUUCGCCGCUUGUCUCCGAAUUUUCUAACAAGCGAAGCUAGCUAGCACAAAUAAUAGAAAGGCUGAAGUUCAAGAAGAAGAAGAAGAAGAAGAAAGAAUAAGCUGACGAUUAAUUGGAAGAGCUAAGAGAGAGGGGAGUGUAGAGAUCAGAUCAGAGAUGGGAAGGUCCCCUUGCUGUGAUCAGAAUGGAGUGAAGAAAGGUCCGUGGACUCCUGAAGAAGACAUCGUCCUCGUCUCCUACAUCCAAGAGCACGGCCCCAGCAAUUGGAGAUCCGUUCCUGCCAACACCGGCCUGCUUAGAUGCAGCAAGAGCUGCAGACUCAGAUGGACCAAUUAUCUUCGACCCGGUAUCAAGCGCGGUAACUUCACGGAUCAGGAGGAGAAGACGAUAAUCCAUCUUCAAGCCCUCCUUGGCAAUAGAUGGGCUGCUAUAGCAUCAUACCUUCCGCAGAGGACCGACAACGAUAUAAAGAACUACUGGAACACCCACUUGAAGAAGAAGCUGAGGAAGCUCAGGCCCAGUCUCGAUAGCUACUCCGAUGAUCGAGAUGAGCUCACCACGAGUUUGCAAUCCAGUAUCUCUAGAGGUCAGUGGGAGAGGAGGCUCCAAACGGACAUACAAAUGGCCAAACAAGCCCUUUGCGAGGCCUUGUCCGUAGAUUCAAAGCCUAUCAAUGGCAUGAACUUAUUCAAAGACAAACCGCCGGAACAAACAACGGCCUCUACGUACGCGUCCAGCACCCAGAACAUUUCUCGGUUGCUUGAAGGCUGGAUGAAGAAACCUCUCAAACCGGUGAAAACGGAAUCCAGGAUGUCAACGACGACUCACUGUUAUCCUGCUAACUUUGCAGCGAAUAGUUCGAGUUCCUCAGGAGAUCACGAGACGACUGUGUUCAGCUCCAACUCCGAUGCAUUUCAAUCAGAAGAACAUAUGAACGAAGUUCCGGCAUUUAAGUUGUUUGAAAAAUGGCUACUCGAUGACGGAGGUCCAGGCUUCCUGAAUCAAGAUGAUGAUUUCAUGAACAUGCCCUUAGGCGAAGACUUGUCCUUGUUUUGAACCACAUUAAUUUAUGUGGAAUAAUUAUUAGAUAUUUCCGCUAUAUCCGUAGGCCUUUUCAAUCAGCCCCGCAUGGUGUAACAAAUUAGAAAUUAAUCAUAUAUAUAUAUGUGUUGAUACCAUGGCAUGAAAAUAGCUGAAUUAUCUAAUAA